UCUCUCCCCGUGCAGUGUUGAACGUGCAGCAGCGUGUGUCUUCAGACCUCAGUGAGCUAGAGAGCUGAGUCAAGGGGACUGCACUGCUGCGUCCGGGGGGUGGGGAACUAAACGUCACACAGCUGUCAUGGAGAGGAGAGGAAGGAUGGGUGUAGCUGACACCACCAACAUCCUCACCACCAUCGUCAUCAUCAUCAUCAUCGUCAUCACCGUUGCUGGUCCUACUGGUCCUGUCACUACUGGGAACCCUGGUCACAACACUGGAGGUCCCUCUAGACCUGCCCCAGCCUCCCACCAUCACCCUCCAGUCCCCCAAGGACUACAUCGUGGACCCCCGGGAGAACAUUGUCAUCCACUGUGAGGCCAAGGGCAAGCCCCACCCCCGCUUCUCCUGGACCAGGAACGGGACCCACUUUGACAUCGACCAGGAGCCCAAGGUCACCAUGAAGCACAACUCGGGCACCCUGGUGGUGGACAUCAGCGGGGAGAAGGCGGAGAACUACGAGGGCGUGUUCCAGUGCACCGCCCGCAACGAGCACGGCACCGCCCUGUCCCACAACAUCGCCAUCAGACAGUCCAGGUCCCCCUUGUGGUCCAAGGAGAAGAUCGAUCCAAUCGUGGUCCAGGAGGGCGUGUCCCUGGUGCUGCAGUGUCAGCCGCCUGUGGGCCUGCCCCCUCCUGUCAUAUUCUGGAUGGACAACAACUUCCAGAGGCUCCCUCAGAACAGCAGGGUGUCUCAGGCCCUCAACGGAGAUCUGUACUUCUCCAACGUCCGCAAGGAGGACACCAGGAGCGACUACAUCUGCUACGCGCGCUUCCCGCACACUCAGACCAUCCAGCAGAAGCAGCCCAUCACCGUCAAAGUCCUUAACCUGGAUGCAAUCAAUGAGACAAUGGCAGAUUUUUACAAUGAGACUGAUUUAUUUAGUGAAGCCCCAGCGGACGACAGGAAGCCCACCUUCCUCAUCCCGUCCGGUGCGUCCAGCACUCAGCUGGUCCUGCGGGGGCAGGUCCUGGAGCUGGAGUGUAUCGCCGAGGGCCUGCCCACUCCCCAGGUGUCGUGGACCAAAGUGGGCGGAGAUCUCCCGACCAAGCGCACCUCCUUCCUGCACCACCAGAAGACGAUGUCCAUCGUCAACGUGUCCGAGUCGGACGCCGGGGAGUACCGCUGCUCCGCCAAGAACCAGCUGGGCUCUGCCCACCACAACAUCCGGGUCACCGUCAGAGCUGCUCCGUACUGGAUCAGCGGCCCGCCUCGUAACCUGGUGCUGGCUCCCAGGGAGACCGGGGUGCUCACCUGCCGAGCCAGCGGCACCCCCAAGCCCUCCAUCGCCUGGUCCAUGAACGGCAUCCCCGUGGAGAACUCCAUCGACGACGACCCCAGCCGUCGGGUGGAGGACGACUCGGUCAUCUUCACCGAGGUGCAGCCGGGCGCCAGCGCCGUGUACCAGUGCAACGUGUCCAACGAGUACGGCUACCUGCUGGCCAACGCCUUCGUCAACGUGCUCUCCGAGCCCCCCAGGGUGCUGACCAAGGCAGAGAAGGUGUACCAGGUGAUCAGACACCACCGCGCCCUAAUGGACUGCGCCUCCUUCGGCUCCCCCGUCCCCAAGAUCACGUGGUUCAAAGACGGCAGCUCCAGCACCCUGGACGGGGAGCCGUACGUGAUCCACGACAACGGGACCCUGGAGCUCCACGUGGCGCAGGCCCUCUACAGUGGGAAGUACACCUGCGUGGCCCGCAACUCCCUGGGCACCUACGAGAAUCACGUCUACCUGGAGGUCAAAGAUCCGACCCGCAUCAUGAGACAGCCCGAGUACAAGGUGGUGCAGAGGGGCAUGUCGGCGGUGUUUGAGUGCAAGGUGACCCACGACCCCUCGCUUCUCCCCACCAUGACCUGGCUUAAAGACAACGACGAGCUGCCCGACGAUGAAAGGUUCAUCGUGGACUCGGACACCCUGACCAUCGCGGAGGUGACGGAGGGUGAUGAGGGCAUCUACACCUGCAUCAUGAACACCACCCUGGACCACGACUCGGCCAGCGCUGAGCUCUCUGUCGUCGAGGCCGAGCCCACUCCUGCUGUUGUCUACGAGCGCCCAGAUCCGCCCACGGAUCUGGAGCUCACAGACAAGAAGGAGCGGAGCGUGCAGCUCACCUGGACGCCAGGAGAUGAGAACAACUCCCCCAUCGAGAAGUUCCUGAUCCAGUACGAGGACUCUCUUCACCACCGCGGACACUGGCACAACCUGACGGAGGUGGCGGGCACUCGGACCACCGCCAACCUCCCGCUGUCCCCCUACGCCCACUACACCUUCAGGGUGCUGGCGCUGAACGCAGUGGGGCUCAGCCGUCCCAGCGCCCCCUCCAGGAUGUACAAGACGGAGGCCGCAUCUCCCGACGAAAACCCGACUGGAGUACACGGAUCUGGCACUGAACACAACAACCUGGUCAUAUCGUGGAAGCCGCUGAAGGGGAUCCAGGCCAACGGUCCCAUGCUGAAGUACAAGGUGAUGUGGAGGCUGAAGGACGUGGACACGGACUGGACCUCCGUGGUCGUGGCCAACGUCUCCAAGUUCGUGGUGUCGGGAACGCCCACCUUCUCCCCCUACGAGCUGAAGGUGCAGGCCGUGAACAAGCACGGCAGCGGGCCCGAGCCGACCGUGGCCCAUGGGCACUCCGGAGAGGACUUGCCAGUGGCGGCUCCAGACAACACCCAGGUCCUGGUGUUGAACAGCACGCUGGUAGAGGUGCACUGGGACCCCGUGUCCCUCAAGUCCAUUCGGGGACACCUGAGGGGGUACAAGGUGUACUACUGGAGGGAGCUCAGCCUCCACAAGCACAACCCCCGCCACGUGGAGAAGCAGAUCCUGGACUUCAGCGGGAACCACACCCACGGCAUGGUGCCCGGGCUGAAGCCCUCCAGCCACUACUCGCUCAACGUGCGCGUGUACAACGGCAAGGGAGAAGGCCCGCCUAGCCCCAGCCAGACGUUCGAGACCCCCGAAGGAGUCCCCGGCAUCCCGUCGUUCCUGACGGUGUCAGAUCCGGGCCUCGACUCCCUGACCCUUGAGUGGGGUCCCCCCAAGGACCAGAACGGCCGGCUCACCGGCUACACCCUCACCUACCAGCCAGUCAAUAGCUCCAACGAGCCAGGCCCAGCCAAGGAGCUGUCCCUGGGCCCCAACGAGACCAACGUCACCCUGCCCCACCUCAAGUACAGCACGCGCUACAAGUUCUAUUUGAGCGCCAAAACAGCCAAGGGGGCUGGACCCGCCAUCCCACAGGAGGCUGUCACGAUCAUGGACGAAGCGUUUAUGCCUCAUCAGAUAGAUGACAACUCAGGAAUUAUCCAAGCCUCUCAUCCCAUUGCACCGUCUCCUCCCCGCCUUCCCAUCCGCAAGGUGGCGUCUGUGGCCCCGUCGUUUGGGAACGUUAGCUCCGUGCCGGGCGUGGAAGGCCCUGUGAUCAGUUGGGAAUACUCGGGCCCGGAGAGAAAAGUGUAUCUAGAAUACGUGUUGAAAAACAGUGGAGGUGAGGAGCAGGAGGAGGACGAGAAGGUGGUGUGGCAGAAAGAGUAUGUGAACGACUCCCAGGGCGUGGUUCUGAGGGGCCUGAAGGAAGGCCUGGUCUAUAGGGUGCGGGUGGUGGCUGAGGGUCUGGACGACCAGUCCCCACACCGCUCCGAGGAGAUUGUAGUCACGGUGCCAGCUAUGACCAGCAGGCAGGUGGACAUCGCCACGCAGGGCUGGUUCAUCGGCCUCAUGUGCGCCAUCGCCCUGCUCAUCCUCAUCCUCCUCAUCAUCUGCUUCAUCCAGAGGAACAAGGGAGGCAAAUACCCUGUGAAAGAAAAGGAGGACGCUCACACAGACCCCGAGUUCCAGCCCAUGAAGGAUGACGACUGUACCUUCGGAGAAUACAGCGACAGCGAGGACCAAAAACCGCUAAAGGGCAGCCGCACGCCGUCUAGCGGCCGGACGGUAAAGCGAGGCGACAGUGACGACAGUUUAGUUGACUACAGCGAGGGCGGCGGCGACGGGCAGUUCAACGAGGACGGAUCCUUUAUCGGCCAGUAUAGCGGCAAGAGCAUCGGCCGGGACACCGUCCAGGGCGAGGGUCCGGAGAGCUCCGAGGCCCCGUCCCCUAUCACCACCGCCAUGAACUCCCUCAACUCCUUUGUUUAGCGCCCCCUGGUGGACCGGCCCCGUGAACGGCAGAGUUGCGGCCCAGCCCACCCGCCGACCGACCCAUCCCAUCCACCCCUGCACAACACUGUCCCACUGGCACUGCAUGGCUGCUUCAUCCAUGACAUGCCCAUUGCUUCUGUACUGUAGUGGCGCUUUGUGACCUGUCGAUGUCCACAAGAUGGCCGCCGCCCCGGUUGUGUGGAAUGACUUUGUGUGUUGUCUCGUUGUGAACUGAAAAGAGGGGUUUAGGUGAAACAAUGCUCAAAAUUGUUGUGGUUCUUUUUAGAAUCAGGUUUUCUUCUAGUUAUUCCUGAUUUAUUUGUUUGUGCUAUGGUUAUUUUGUCUCUCGGGAGAUUUAUUUUUCUGUUUAAUUGGAUUCUAAAACCACUGAAUAUUUUGUCAUUUUGUUAUUUAGAAACCCAAAGGCAUGAAUACGUAUCUAUUUAUGCAGUGGAUGCUUAGAAGACAUCUGCCUCCAAAUGAUCAUAACACAUUAUUCUUCCCCAAGACAAAAUAAGAAGUGGCAUCUCCCUUUUUAGUUGCACCGUAAAUGCAGCAUCCAUCCAAAAACCCAUUUAAUUGGA